GCGGGGCUUGCAGAGGUUGCAAAGCAGAGGGAGGCUCUUCCCGUGCGCCUUCCUCCUCCUCCUCCUGCUCUAGAUUCGGAGCCCUGGGAGCAUGCAGACCCGCUCCAGAAGCGCUUUCGCCUCGGGAAAGCCCCUCUAAGCAAGCUGCGAUGCAGGGCUCCUCGGUGCGGCGGCGGACGGCGGCGGGGUCAUUCCAGGGCAGCAGGCAUGGGGCAGGCGCGGAGGAUGGCCCCUGCAAAGCCCCCCGCUUCCACUUCGACCUGUGGUUCUAUUUCACGCUGCAGAACUGGGUCCUGGAUUUCGGCCGGCCCAUCGCCAUGAUCGUGCUUCCCCUGGAAUGGUUUCCGCUGAAUAAGCCGAGUGCCGGAGACUAUUUCCACAUGGCCUACAAUGUCAUCACACCCUUUAUUCUCCUGAAGCUGAUUGAGCGCUCCCCCAAGACCCUUCCCCGGUCCAUGGUGUAUAUCUGCAUCAUCACCUUUGUCAUGGGCGCCAGCAUCCACUUGGUGGGCGACUCUGUCAACCACCGGCUGAUCUUCAGCGGCUACCAGCUCCACCUCUCAGUCCGAGAGAACCCCAUCAUCCAGAACCUCAAGCCAGAGACCCUGAUCGACUCCUUUGAACUGCUGUACUAUUAUGAUGAAUAUCUUGGGCACUCAAUGUGGUACAUCCCCUUCUUUCUCAUUCUCUGCAUCUAUUUCUCCGGCUGCUUCAUUCCUUGCAAAGAGGAACAGCAAAGAAUCCCAUUGGCAGCCAUUCUCCUCAUUGGGCCCAGUAGCCUCUAUUACUGGUACUUGGUGACGGAGGGACAGAUCUUCAUCCUCUUCAUCUUCACCUUCUUUGCCCUGAUGGCCCUGGUGAUGCACCAGAAGCGCAAAGGCCUGCUCAUGGACAGCAAUGGCCGCUUUCUCUUCUACUCCUUCAUCAUCACCCUGGUCCUGAUUGCCCUCUGGGUCGGCUGGCUCUGGAACGACAGGAUCCUCCGGAAGAAGUACCCGGGCGUCAUCUACGUCCCAGAACCCUGGGCUUUCUACACCUUGCACAUGAGCAGUUUGCAUCCUGCAAAGGCAGGGAACGUCUGAUGUACCUUAUUUGACCAAAUCUAAUGCUCAUCUCUUUUUUCGGGGGGUUAAAAGACCUGGCCAAAAUGAGAGUGUGCAUUAGAUUUGCGUCAUACGGUCAUCUUAGUGCUGAGCCAAAGCCAAAGGGGAAGCUCCUCUUUAAGGGACCUCAUCUCUCAUCUAAUUGCACUGACUCGAUGCUGUGGGUUGCUGGGAUUUGUAGUUUAGUGAGGCAUCCGCAUUCUUUGGCAGAGAAGUCUCAAGACCUUGUCAAACUACAACUCCCAUGACUAUAGCAUUGAAUUAAGGCAGUUAAGGUGGAUUCAUUCUACAGCAUAGAUGCACCCUAAGGUUUUCUUUUCCAUUGCUGGAAACUUUGAUGUCCUAAUACUUUGGUUUUUAAAGAAGGCAUCCAAACAGCCGGCCAGUGUAAUGCAGUGCAAACCUGGAUAGGAAUGAAGGAGUUGCUGGCAGUG